AUGUCGCUCGUUUCGAGUGAGAAGUCGAACUUCCAGUUCAUCUUGCGUCUUCUCAACACCAACGUUGAUGGCAAGCAAAAGGUCAUGUACGCCUUGACCAAGAUCAAGGGUGUCGGUCGCCGUUACUCUAACUUGGUCUGCAAGAAGGCCGAUGUCGACCUGAACAAGCGUGCUGGUGAGCUUACCUCUGAAGAGCUCGAGCGUAUCGUCACCAUCAUCCAGAACCCUACCCAGUACAAGAUCCCCUCCUGGUUCCUCAACAGACAGCGCGACAUUGUCGACGGCAAGGACUCUCAGAUCCUCGCCAACGGUGUCGACUCCAAGCUCCGUGACGAUUUGGAGCGUCUCAAGAAGAUCCGCGCUCACCGUGGUCUCCGUCACUACUGGGGUCUCCGUGUCCGUGGUCAGCACACCAAGACGACUGGUCGCCGUGGCCGUACCGUCGGUGUCUCCAAGAAGAAGGGUGGUUAG